GAAGCAGGCGCCGCUGUGUUUCUCGCGGUGACUGUUGACCCGCAGGUUCCCGCACUGCUGGCAUGAGUUUGGUCUCCCUGAGUGGAAUAAAAAAGCGGGGGAAUGAACAACACGCCGCCCGGAUUACGGUUGCUCAGGCCUCCCACGGUGAUAGGCCAGUUCCACACCUUGUUCUUCGGCUCGGUGCGGAUGUUCUUCCUGGGCGUCCUGGGCUUUGCUGUGUACGGGAACGAGGCGCUGCACUUCAGCUGCGACCCGGACCGCCGGGAGCUCAACCUGUUCUGCUACAACCAGUUCAGACCCAUCACGCCCCAGGUUUUCUGGGCCCUGCAGCUGGUGACCGUGCUGGUUCCUGGGGCCGUGUUCCACCUCUACGCUGCCUGUAAGAACAUCGACCAGGAAGAGAUCCUCGAACGGCCCAUCUACACCGUCUUCUACAUCAUCUCCGUUCUCCUACGCAUCAUUCUGGAAGUCAUCGCCUUCUGGCUGCAGAGCCACCUCUUUGGCUUCCAGGUCCACCCGCUGUACAUGUGUGAUGCCAGUUCUCUGGAAAAGACCUUUAACGUGACUAAGUGCAUGGUGCCCGAACACUUUGAGAAAACCAUCUUCCUCAGCGCCAUGUACACCUUCACCGUGAUCACCAUCCUGCUCUGUGUCGCUGAGAUCUUUGAGAUACUCUGCCGGCGGCUCGGUUAUCUCAACAACCAAUGACGUGCUCGCUGUGGAGGUCGAAUGCACGUGACACUCGUUCUGCCGGUUUGUAAUGGCGCUCCGGGUUAGCUACUGCUGGACUUUUGUAAAACAGGAAGCUGACGUGAGAGCAAACAAUCAUCUGUGGUCCAUCGUGAGUUUACACCAAGAAAUCUGAGUAUGUGCAACAAAACCGUCGCAGCUGGCGAGUCUGAAAUGUUCUGAGUGAUCUUUCCUAGUCAUGUGUCAGGAACCAGUGGGUCUGCACUGGCUGUACGUGAUGGCCUGGGAAUCUGCAGACUCUGAAGCAUUGGGGGAUGGGAUAGAAAGACUUUCUGGUUUACGUUUUUUUACACCGGCACGAACUUCAGGGGGAAACUAAACCCUGUGACUAUAGUCAGACAAACAAGGAACGCAUAGUUUGUCACAGGACUGGUGGCUCCAGAUUCUUUCUUCGAGUUGUACCUUAGAUCGGACACUUUUACACUCCUAGGAAGCACGUUUGUAAUAUACUUAAGUGCCUGGUUUGCACUAAAUGCAUCACGGUUCAUUAAACUCCUCUUGUUCACUAACAGAAAGCUUAACAUUGACCUUAUCAGCUCCUCAGCACGACCUCUGCAUGUCCCAAAAUAACAGCCAGCGACGCUAAUGGUUUAGCUUGUCACAGACUUCUGAAGGUGCACAUUAACAGCCCAGCUACUCCUCCAGGUGCUGAUCAAACAUGACAGGCAGAGUAUUGAGCUAGUAAUGGAUUAUUACAAAUGUCAUUCUGAGGUAAUGAUGACCCAGUAGCCUGACCCACGGUCGAUGGGACACUUCCCUGUGUGACAUUUCCAAUACGUAUCAUGUUUCUGCCUCCAGCCUGCUCCGACCUUUACCUCCAUCAACGACGGGGCCUUCUGCCUUUCCAAAUAUCUGUUCAAACAACCUUUAUCCUGACUUGGGAAAUGGAGAAAUGCUGUCUAAAUGCAGCCCAACAAUCUAAUGCUAAAGGCUAAGUACUUCCAUCGGAUGUAAAAGCAUCUGGGAACGAGGCCAAGAGGAUUCAGGCUACCCAAAGAUAUAAUGAUGAUGGAAUGGGUUGAUAUGUUAUUUUUAAAAGAACGAAAGGAACAAGUUCCCGGCGUUUGAUUUUUACAUUUUUAAUGAGAAUUGUCGUAUUAAACUUUUUUAUUUGGGUAUACAAACGUGUUUGAAUUCAAAUAUAUUGAAUAUUUAAUGGUACUCCAUGCAGCAAUGUAUCUGAUGAACAUCUGCCAGGAAGAAUACUGUUCUUGUGUUUAAGGAUGUCCCGACGUCAAGGCGAGAGGUCCGAGAUGGACAAACUCAGCAGGGAAAUUUAACAUUUUGAGAGUUUGAAGGCCAUGUUGCUCUCAUAUUUAACGUCUUAGCUAUUAUUUUAAAAACUAGUUUAAGUAGAUCUAUUUGAAAUGAUUGUUGAGCUUUUGUCCAUGUCUGAAUCUUCCAGGGUGUCCCCCAGCCUGCAGUACCACUCAUUACGCUUCCUGCUGACGCUGUGUUCUGAAAAAGAGUACCUCCUGUUUAUAAUGUUGUUUUUUUCUUGAUCAGACAUCCAUCCAACUUUUGUUAUGAAGUCUUCAGCAAUCUGUAUAUCAUCUCAGGUACAACAUUGCAUUACCAGACAAAAGUGGAUCAAACCGUCUUUUAAAUCCCUUUAAACCUUUAAGAUUGCCACGUGGAUCCCAACCAACGGUACCAACGGACUGGUUGGUCUGGUUCGGUCCGAUAGGCUUUAGGAGGGUUUGAAUGAGGUUUGUGAAUCCUGUGGUUUGGGUUCGUCUGUGUGCUGGUGUGUGUUAAACCUGCUUCAUGCUUCCUGUGGUUACCAUGGUGUAGACGUGGCAACGCGUAGACGUCGAGCAAUGAUUUGAGCAGCUACAGGGUCGCAAGUGCAUAAAGGCUGGUUCAAACUUUGAGAUGCUUCUAAAAGACGUUGAGGAAAUCUUGGCUGCAGAUACAGAAACACAAAUCAGAACACAUACAGAAACAUCUGCAGCAGCUCUUCAACUCAUGCAGAAACAUCUGCAGCAGCUCUUCAACACAUGCAGCCUCUAGAGAACAUUCAGCCGAGGAAACAUGAGCAGCGUUUACUAAAAGCUGCAGAAACCAAACGCUGCAAGAAGCUCCAACACAACGGAGACCAGGGGACAGUAAAGAGAGACACACACAGCUGGAGACCAGGGGACACUAAAGAGAGACGCACACAGCUGGAGACCAGGGGACACUAAAGAGAGACGCACACAGCUGGAGACCAGGGGACACUAAAGAGAGACGCACACAGCUGGAGACCAGGGGACACUAAAGAGAGACACACACAGCUGGAGACCAGGGGACACUAAAGAGAGACACACAGCUGGAGACCAGGGGACACUAAAGAGAGACGCACACAGCUGGAGACCAGGGGACACUAAAGAGAGACGCACACAGCUGGAGACCAGGGGACACUAAAGAGAGACGCACACAGCUGGAGACCAGGGGACACUAAAGAGAGACACACAGCUGGAGACCAGGGGACACUAAAGAGAGACGUGCUGGGUGACAUUCAGGAUCAUAAAGCUGUCUCUGUCUCUGUUGUUGUUCUCCUGAAAUGUUUUCUGGUCGUAUUUUGACGAUUUGAUCACAUGACUCCUUAUGACGUCACUGCAGAUCUGCUGUAAGCUAGUUCACUAAGUUAGCUAACCUUCAGAUAUCCUGACACACUCUUCCAGAUCUGAGAGCGCGUGUCUCCUAUUGGAAGGGCUUGGGCCGUUGAGAAGCAUGAAGCAGACUUUAUUGGAAGUUGGUUUUAAACGUUGACUCUUUUUACAUUGACAUGAUAUGGGGAGUCCUGCAGAGGUACUUUCAGCUCCAGCAGGACAACGUGAAUUAGAUCAGUCCUGGAAACUUCCUCAGUAUCUCAACUCAUUACAGGUGGAAGGUUGGAAAUAUAAACUCACUGGCUAACCAUGAAGGCAAAGAGGCACACUUUAAAACCACUGCAAAUAUAUUGACACCAAACUCUCUGUUUGUCUGAGUGCUACAGUUCAGGUUCUUCUCCACUGUUUUGUCUUGAGAUGAUUGAUUAAAAAUGU